AUGGACUUGCACCUGCUUAGAGCAGACUCUCCCAUGGCCGUCCGACACAUCGACCUCUGCUACGACCACACCGACUCUGAGCCCUCGGCUUUGCGCCUGAUAUACACAUUAUGCCCCGACUGGGAGCACGAUGAGGGCCCCGUUGAAUUGAUCCCCUUUACCGAAGGCAUCACAAACACUGUACGUCAAGGCAAGCCUUUCGCGCCUGUUUGUCCUGGACUGCGACUGACACGCGCCGUGCACAGCNUUAUGAAGGCCAUCAAGAAACGACCAGGAUACACACAACAAGACAUUGACUCGGAUGCGAUCCUCCUGAGGGCAUACGGAAAGGGGACAGAUGUCUUGAUAGACCGCGAANAGUACGUCACUCCCACAUUCAAGCUCUCUCGGAGAGUGUCCUCCUUUGAAAGAAACGCCCAAUUGACCACGACAACAGGAGAAACUCGAUCGCACUCUCUGCUUGCGGGCCGCGGACUAGCGCCUCCACUAUUCGCGCGCUUCGAGAACGGCCUACUGUACAAAUACAUCGCAGGCGACGUAUGCAGCCCAGAAGACCUCCGAAGACCCGACGUCUACCGCGCAGUCGCCAGAAGACUCGGCCAAUGGCACAGCACACUGCCCAUCGCUGCUAUCAGUUCGCUCCAGACACUGCAAGAACAGAAUGGUGAUGAUCACCACCACACAGACAAAGCCGGCAACAAGAGGCCGAAACCGAGUCUGUGGACUGUCAUGCAAGAGUGGAUCAAUGCGCUACCUGUAGCCACACAGAAAGAGAAGGAACGCAGAAACAUGCUGGAGCAGGAAUUGACAUACCUUUCGAACGAGCUGGGAUCAACACCUGGUCUGGACGGGUACGACUACAUUUUCGCUCACUGCGACCUUUUGUCCGGCAACGUUAUCGUACAUCCUGAGAAAAGAGAAGGAGGGAAAGGUCUUACAGUGAGCUUCAUCGACUACGAAUAUGCAACCCCGGCACCCGCUGCCUUUGACAUUGCCAACCACUUUGCCGAAUGGGGCGGUUUCGAUUGCGACUACUCCGCUUUACCAACGCGCAGUCAGCGUGCUGAAUUCAUUGCCCAAUAUCUCGCAUCAUACCGCAACUUCGCUCCUGUGUCAGAUCCGGAAACUAUCAAACGCGAACAACAGCAACUAGUCAGCCAAGUCAACACUUUCCGCGGUCUACCAGGCUUUUACUGGGGAAUCUGGUCUCUGAUCCAAGCCACCAUUUCACAAAUCGACUUUGACUACGCUUCGUAUGCUGAUGUCCGUCUUGGCGAGUACUGGGCUUGGAAAGCCGAGCAAGACGGCUCCAGGCAACGAGAAGGUCGCGAACCUACUGUACGAGAGAAGCGAUGGGCCGAGGAGUAA